AUGGAUUCUCCACCUCCAAAGAGGCUUCGCUCUGAAUCCGAAGACGGAUCUGCAGACAAGAAUACUCCUACUUUGAAUAGGUUUAGAGUUUCUGGUCAAUCACUGAAGCUGAAGUACUUGGACAUAGCAUGUUGUGACAAUCUUGAAUGUGUUGAGAUUUAUGACAUGGACCUUGUGUCCUUCACUUUCGUGGGACGUCAAAUUCCAUUGUGUUUGGACAAGCUCCCCCAGCUGUCUGAGGUGUCUAUUACAGGAUUUUAUUUGGUGCUUCUGCAUGUGACAUUGUCUCAACUUUCGAGUCUUUCUUGUCUGCAGAUUCUCAUACUUCAAUUUUCUGAUUCACCCGAUGAAAACCUGCAUAUUCGUCAACUGCCUAAAUUAACAAGUGUCAAGCUAUUGAAGCUGAGAGUUGACGGAGAAGGAUGUGUGAGUCUACUGCCAUUGACUCCUGUGAUCGAGGCAUGUCCCUGCUUGCGGAGUUUUGUGUUUGAGUUGACGUACCCGUGGGAGAUGCUAUGCACGCAAAGAGAACUAGAAAGAGUUGUUGGACCUCCCCAUUGGUACCUAAAGGAGGCUGAAUUUUUCAAUUAUUAUGGUCAACCUUGUGAUCUCGAACUAGUGAAUUACCUUAUUGACAAUGCCAUUGCUAUGGAGAAGUUAGUGGUGAAUCCCUGUGACGAAGAAUAUCUUAAGGACGAGAUAAAAAAAGUUAAGGAACCUAGAGAACGUGCUCUGCAACAGUUUAAGGGAAAGUUACCUUCAAGAAUCGAGCUGAUAUAA